CAUUCAUUCAUUCGGCAUCGUUGAAAGCACAAAAUCGUUGAAAUCAUUUUCCUCAUCAAACCAAGAAUUUGUUUUUUGUUUUGCUAAAAAUACCAAAAAGUUCAUCAAAAGUUCUGUUUGUUUCUGCAGCCUUUGACCUUUUUGAUUUGAUCACUAAAAACACAAUGUUAACACAUGGUCUACUCAAUGAUGGCUCUUGGGAGCUAAGAAUUUUCGUCACCGAUCUUAAAAUUGAAAAAAGACUUCGUGCUAAAGGUGACUGGCACAUUGGUGGUUUAAUAUUGAAACUUGUUGAAGAACUCGAUGUGGCAGCUGAUUGGUCUGAUCAUGCAUUAUGGUGGCCAAUGAAAAAUCAAUGGCUAAAACGUACCCGCACAACAUUGGAUCAGGCCGGUAUCCAAGCCGAUACCUUAUUGCAUUUCACACCCAUGCAUAAAAAUCUUCGUGUUCAAUUGCCCGAUCUUCGUUAUGUUGAUUCACGGGUUGAUUUUUCAAUACCGACAUUCAACGCUGUCGUUCAACUUUGUGAUGACCUGGGCAUUCGUCACCCAGAAGAAUUAUCCUUUUCGCGACCACUGAUAAUGGCGCAUUUGAAACAAAACUAUCCCAAUCUGGAUAUAUCACCAUUACAACGACAAUUCGAUCAGAUUGGUCCCAUUGCACAGAAUGAAAAUACAUUGAAUCAACAGACCAAUGUUAGCACAUUGACUCGUGCAAUGAGUGCCCAGCCAUUCGUUGAUUUUGCACCAUCAUCCAAUGCAAACGGACAUACUGGUCCCAUUGUUGCUACCGCUCGAAAUCAUCCGAUUGAAAAGCCCAGUUAUUUGUAUCCAGUGGAAGCAGUCAAACCAACGUUGAUGACAAGUCCGGUUACACCGAGUGCCGAAGGAAAAGCCACUCUGCUACGUCCAAAAUCCUUGAUUGAAAAAGCAAGACUCAACGCCGGUUGGUUGGAUUCCAAUCUUUCGAUCUAUGAACAAGGUGUUCGUGAAUUUGAUUUAUUAUUACUUCGUUUUAAAUAUUACAAUUUUUAUGAUUUGAAUCCCAAAUUGGAUGCUGUUCGCAUCAAUCAACUAUACGAACAAGCAAAAUGGUCAUUGAUCACCGAAGAAUUAGAUUGCACCGAAGAAGAAAUGUUUCUAUUCGCCGGACUUGAAUUACAAAUCAACAUUUUGGCAUUGAAUCCGGAUCCAAACGAUCAAUACUUGGAAGUGAAUGAUGAUAUUGAUGCUGCAUUGGAUGAAUUGCAAUUAACAUUAGAGGGAUCAUCCAAUCCCAUCCAAUAUUACUAUCAACAAUCAAACGGAGCAUCAUCAAUCAACUAUGCCGGCUAUUCCGAUAUACCCGAGUUAUCCGGAUUCCUUCGAUUCGCUAAACAUAAAUUAUUCACAUUGAAAAACUUCAAACGUUAUUAUUUCGUGCUGAAAGAUACUAAUCUAAAAUUAUACAAGAGUAUCGAAGACCGUCAAGGAUCACCGGCAUUCAUCAUCAAUCUGAAAGGAUGUGAUAUAACACCCGAUUUGAAUGUUACCCAAAAUAAAUAUGGCUUCAAAAUACACAAUUAUAAUGAUGAUGGUAACACCAAUGAAUAUUGGUUACGCUGUGAAUCGGAAAAACAAUAUGCUGAAUGGAUAACGGCUUGUCGCUUAGCAACCAAAGGUCGUACAAUGGCUGAUGCCUCAUAUCGUACCGAAGUACAAACUACCAGAGAUUUCCUCAAAAAACAACAAUAUUCUGGAUCACCAGUCAUGCCCACACAAUCCAAUCAAAUUGCAAUCAACCCUGAUGAUUAUAUUGCCAUGAGAUUUUUACGACGACGUGAUCAACAUGUAACCAACAGAAUCUAUGAAUCGCAUGCAAAUUUCAAAUCAAUGCCAUCCUUACAAUGUAAAUUAAAUUAUAUCCGAGCAUGGCAGGCAUUACCCAAAUUCGGGCUUUCAUUUUUUGUGGUCCAUUUUCUGAAUACCAAACGAGAGGAAAUCCUUGGCAUCGCUCCAAAUCGUCUAGUUCGUAUUGAUAUGCAUACUGGUGAUACAAUUCGUACAUGGCCAUAUGCACGCAUGAAGUCGUGGAACGUUAAUUGGGAAAUUAAAAAAUUAUGCGUCGAAUUCGACGAUGAAAUGCUCGAAUUCGAAUGCCUGAGUGCCGAUUGUAAGGUUCCCCAUGAAUUUAUUGGCGGCUAUAUCUUCUUAUCGAUGCGUUCGAAAGAACAUAACCAGACCUUGAAUGAAAACCUAUUCUUCAAAUUGACCAGUGGUUGGAUUUGAACAGACAACAUCAAUAUACUCCCAAUUCACCUCAUUCAAAAAGAAAUCGAUCCAUUUAAUCAUAAGUGAAAUUGUUUCAAUAAUAAAAGCCAAUUCAUUUAUCCUGA